GGGCCGCAGCCUGGAGCCCCAGGAUCUGUGACUUGGAACCACUGGCCUUGUGGCACCAACACCCUGAGCGGCCAGAACCGCAUCAGUCACUGACCAGACGAGCCCCAAGAGGACAUAGGGGCGCUUGCAAUGGCGGGCACCCUGGACGAGCUCUGGCGCCAGUGCACCUGGGCCUUAAACAAUGGAGAUCCUAGAACUGAUUCCUGGUUCCUGGUGCACUCGCCGCUCCCGGUCACCCUCCUCUUUGCCUUCUAUCUCCUCCUGGUGGUGGCAGGUCCUGCCAUCAUGAGCCACCGGGAGCCUCUGAGGCUGGCUGGACCCCUGGCUGCCUACAACCUGGGCCUAGUGCUUCUCUCCGGGUACAUAUUCUAUGAGUUCAUGGUCACCUCCCUUCUGGCCAAGUACAGCUACUUCUGCCAGCCGGUGGACUACAGCCAGAGUGAGCUUGGAAUAAGGCAGAUGGCGAGCGUGUGCUGGUGGUGUUUCUUCUCAAAGGCCAUUGAACUGCUUGACACAGUCUUCUUCAUAUUACGAAAGAAGCGGGAGCAGAUCACCUUCCUGCAUGUCUACCACCACGGCACCAUGCUCUUUAACUGGUGGGCUGGAGUCAAGUAUGUGCCCGGGGGGCAAGUCUGGGGCCCCACAUGCGGCGCUAUUUGUGGUGGAAGCGACAUCUCACCACCCUGCAGCUGGGUCAGUUUGUGGCCAUUGCUGCCCACUCUUCCUACAAUCUCUUUGCUGAGUGCUACUUCCCGGAUGGGUUCAACAUGGCUGUCCUCCUGUACUCCCUCAGCCUCAUCCUCCUCUUUCUCAACUUCUACCACCAGACAUACCUCAGGGGCAAGCAGGAGAAGCUCACUUAAGGGACUGGACCCCAGGAAUGAACCAGACAGCCAGCGGGGCUUGUAGCCCACUGGUGCUAAGUAGAUCCCUCUGAUACUGCAUUUCAUCCUGUGAAGAAACAAUUGCCUUCUUUCCAGACAGAGAUCAAGGGGAAAGAAAUGGACCCUACGUCCUGUACUGACUUCGGUUAUGGCACUUCCCAGGUGGAUUUGUAACUAUGAAUCUCCUUUCUUAUUAAAUGUAAGCCCCUCAUGGGAGGGACACUGUUCUUCUCUAUGUUCCUACCUGACACAACACCUCAAUAAAUGUG